GCGAGUUGGGUGAUGUCGUUGACCCAAUCCACAUCCCUCUUCUACUCGAUGGAUUAAAUUAAUAAGCAUCCAGUGAACCCUGACCUUUGGUUCGGUGAGAUAAUCGCCUGCGCGUGGCAGGUAAUUAGUGUUUGAUCUUGGCCUGUUGCUUGAGCAUUAUCGGCGACAUUUGACAGAUUUCUGCAACAAGUCUGCGUCAGGAUAUUUCUGUUCUUUUCGUUUUGAAACUAAAAAUAACAGCAGCCAGCGGAUGAAGUGUUGGAUGUGUGGUGUGAUACAGUAGGAACAGUUUUUUUUUCUGGAUAAAGGAUUUGUUUUGUUUAUUUUAAAAGGUUUCAUGAUGGGACUGACGUCAAGGUGACGUCACAGGUGACGUAGCAAGCUGAUUUCGGGAUUUUUAAAUCCUCAAGCUGUGUUCUAUCCCUACACCAUGAGGCCUGCGGUGCACGCUAGUAUUCUCAGGAAUCGGGGCCCCAGACGGAGAAUGAGGAUGCGGAAGCACGUGUUCUCUCCCCGUCGUCUGCUCAUGAUGGUGUUCUGUGGGGUCAUUCUGUUCAUCCCGGGUCUGGCACUGACCAUCGUCGGCCUGCAGCAGACGGAGGGCGCCAACAACGAGUUGAACGAGGUCCAGAAGAUCUUUUACCAAGCCAUCGGACCAGCCAUGUGUACGCUGGGUGCGGCCAUCAUGUUUGCUUCGUGCAUUUAUUUCUACUGCUAUGGGACGGGGCCUCAACCCUCACCCCCACCUAACAACCAGACCCAAGGCUUAUCAGAAUCGGAGCAGGACGAGAAAGGCAGCAUCCGCAGCAAACAGCGUGAAUCCAUGCGUCACCACCCCCAGUCCCUCAAUGGUAGGGCCGGCGACGUGCGCACGCCCGAUAGCGAGAGUCGGAAGAGUCUAAGAGGAGGGGAGGAAGGUCGAGGGUCCUUCACGAAAUCCCCCCACAGGACGUCCGUGACGACCGAGGAAGAAGUGCCUCUAGCGAAGAUGGAAGAUAGUUUGGACAUUACAUCAAAGGAUCAACAAUUGAAGGUUCCAGUUGUUACGAUACACAUUCACAAGCCAACAGAGCCUGAAGACAUAGACUUAGUCCACAGCGGUCAAUGCACUGAGGCGUUAGACAACCAAAAUGAUGCUUAAAGUAUACGAAGUCAAGUCAUGGUAUUUUUAAAAGGCACAAUACAGAAGCGACCUAAAAGAGUAAAUAAUGUUUUGGAGUUUUUAUGAAUGACGUGAAACGUUUUUGCGACGUUUUUAAACAAAUUAGUAACACUUUAUUUUUUAAAUUUAGUAAUUGUUUUUGCAUUUUUUUUUUUACUUUUAAGAUUUGUUAACUUGAACGUUUUUUAGAAUUUAAUACAACAUUGCCUUAAGAUUCUUAUCACAGUGUAUGUUAUAAAGGUUUUACUUUAAUGUUCGGAAAAAUAUUUUAAAAUUUAGGUAACCAAAACAUAGAACCUAAUAAUAAUUCUAUAAAAGAAAUAAUAAUUGAGAAAUAAGUUUGGAACUGUAAUGGUCAUUGUUUUGUUUUUAUU